ACAUCGUACUUACACUUCUGGUGUUUGUGCAGGCGCAACCUGCAUCUCUCUCUGAACUUGGAGCAAUCCAGCUGAUUUGCAUUUUCGCUCUCCCGAGGCUUGAGCGUCCACCUUUCAUUCCCUCCCCCGUGAAACCCGUGAGGCCCGUGAUAGAUAAGGUAAGAUACCGCAACGAUUGUGCAAUGCCAGGAGCGAGCGAAGCUUUUUUGCGGACCACGCGUGACACAACGGCAUCAUGGCACCGCAUGCGGAUCUAGAUGAUGAGCCAGAAUCCAUCGAUGUGGAGAACGACGAAGAACUAGCCAGUGAAGGAAGUGAUGAGGAUAACGAUGAGGACUACGGAGAGGACUACGGAGAGGAGGAGGAGAUCGACGUGAAGAAGCGAUUAGACGAAAUCAUUCUUGACCUCAAGUCUGGCGCGUUGGACCUGACAAACUCCUCACAGCGCGAUUCCUUCAUCGCGCGGAACAACGAUGUUUUUAGAGCGAAGACCCUCGACGAGGACCAGUCUAACAUGCUACACCUGUUGGCGCUGGGCGACAAGGAAACCUUGCCCCCAAUAGAACAGCUCGACUCGCUCGUGAAGAUUCUAGUGCGACUGCCCGAGAAUCUGCUUGCUGAGAAGGAUGGAGACCGCAAGACACCUCUCUAUAUCGCAGCCACGCGUGCGAAGAAGGUCCAACGGUUGCUUCGCACCAUGUGUGAAGCCCACGAGACCAUCGACGACGUUCUCGCCAUCCAAUGCUCGGAGAAACAGACCUGCCUCCACAGCGUGAUUUGCAAGAGGAUCCCGCAGGUCCAUAUCUUGUUCCUCAUCGGCUUGGCUGGAAAGAAGACAUUAUGUGUUCAGGAUAAUCAGGGUAACACCCCACUUCAUUAUGCCGUCAAGUACGAGUUCUGUUCCGAGGAGCAGAUCAAAAUCGUCAAAGCUCUUGUGGCAAAGUCCGACGCGGGAAUGGAUAUUGUGAACAGCAAGGGCUUGUCGCCAUACCGCUUCCACGAAGAGACCCACACAGAGGCAAUCAACCAGGCUAAGAAGGCCCAAGAUAUCGCCCUUCAGAGAGAAGGUGGAGGAAAAGAGCCUGACCGAGGUGGUGGUAGUAGCCAAGGUAAACCAGAGGGUUCAGUGAUGGAUGGCUUGGGGAAGCAAGACCGGCCGGAUCAUAGACAAUACAGGCCGCAUCGUCCACCGUCAACCCACAGCUUCCGAAUGGUGCAAAGAGUAAACACUAUGUCAAACGCGCCCCCCGGGAAGUAUGGUGUUGGCGCUUCAAGAGCGGCGGCAGCACAGGUGGUGGAUUUGCCAAAGAACAAGUCGACUAUAGGGAUAAAUGAAGACCCUGGCGCGGAUGGUAGUGUAGUUGGGAAGGAUCGUGCGAAGAGACCAAGCGCCGGUCUCAAGAACAGAAAGCCAUCAAAAGGGCAGACGAAGUCCAAAAAGGACUCGAAAGAGUGCACCAAGCCGUCACUUGACGCCGCCAAUGCAAUCAAGAGCUUCCUCAAACUGCAUUAUCUGAGGACAAGGAAGCACGAUGAGGCUGUCGAGUUCCUGUAUGGCCCUUCACAAGAACGCCAGAUCUAUUUUGAUCUGUACGGUUGCGGCCCGACCAUCAGCCAGAGCUGGAUUAAGAGCGGCGUCGAGUAUCUCAAGUUUGAGGAUGUUCUCCAAUAUGUAGCGGUACCACAAGUUCGAGUUGAAGGCCCGCAGGGUCCACAAAGUUCUAACAAGGGACAUUCCAGGGCUGAUGGUCCGGGCCGCACCGAUCUGGACUUCCUUUUCAGGUGGCUCAAGGAGCAGAGGAACGUCAAGACCAUUCUCAGGGUUAUUGUAGACGAUCUUAAGGAGCCAGCGCACAGCGACGACGCCAUUGAGAAGGCGCUCAAAGGGAUGAGUGUGGAGGACUGGGAUUGGCGCAAGAUUGAUUUGUGCAGCGAGGUCAUUCACACGGUAGCGCCAAUGGUGCGGACUGUGCAUCUCUAUUGGGGCGGCAACAAUACGAUUCUGAGAGGGUGGAGUGAGCCAGAGGGCCUGGCAAAGCUGGAGAAACUGGAAAAGGUGCAUUUGCAUGAGCGACAGGGACUUGAAACCUUGGAGCGUUCAAAGCAAUACGUGCAGGCAUUCAAAGACCGCAUGAAGAAGCACUGCCCCAAAGUCGUGGUAGAAUCGAUCUCUAAGCAGCACUCUACCGUCGAAGGGAGUGCAGCAGCACAGGUAGACGCUCAGCAGGCAGAGCAAGAGGUGCAGCAUCGAUGGUUAGCGACCAUGGACGCUUACGCCGACGUGCUGCAGAACAUGGCACAAAACAUCGAACCACCGCUAGUGCUCGAGGAGCCUAUCACAGUAGCAUUGAUUGACGACGGCAUCGACAUCAAAGACAUCUCACUGCAGAGCAGAAUUGUGGGAGGCCGAAGCUUCUGUCACCGAAGCAUGGAGCAGAACCUCAACCAGCCGUAUUAUGUGUCGAGCGGCGGUCAUGGAACCGCAAUGGCGGGCUUGAUCUGUCGAGUGUGCCCUGGCGUGAGGCUUUAUGUGCUGAAACUAGAUGAAUAUGUGAUCGAGGCUGGGAAGAGGCAGAUCACCGCCGAGAGUGCAGCAAAGGCUAUUCAAGCCGCCGUGGACAAAGGUGUGCAAAUAAUCUCCAUGUCAUGGACCAUCGAACGGACAGAAAUGAACACCAAAGGCAUCGGCCGGCUCGAGAAGGCCAUCGAGCUUGCAGCCAACGAAGGCAUCCUGAUGUUCUGCGCGGCGACCGACCAAGGCGUGUACCGGGACCGCAGCUUCCCAGCCGCGUCAUCCACCAAGAGACUCUUCAAGAUCGGCGCGGCCGAGGCAUCCGGCACCGCGUCCAAGUGGAUCGGCGACCAGAGCGCCAUCGACUUCAUCUUCCCCGGGCAGAACGUCGAGCCGCGGACCGGCGAUGGGCCCCUCGACAAGCACACCUCCUUGACCGGGUCGUCGGUGGCGACGGCGCUGGCUGCCGGCCUGGCAGCCGUCAUCCUGUACUCUGUGCAGGUUGGUGCCCUUAAUCCGACGGAGAGAGCGAAGCAUAAAGGCCUUACGAUGGAAGACUUCCGCACCCUAAGGAAGCAUGAGCGCAUGAAAGAGGCGUUUCUGGAGAUCGGCACUACGGGCGAAAGCGAUAAGAAGUACAUCGCGGUCUGGGAACGGUUCGACGAGGUGGUGAAGAAGGCGAAAAGCCAGGAGCCGGACACGGUCAUCGACGUUGUGUCUGGGUUGGCUAAUUUGCUGAAGAAGAGACAGUUAUAAUAUUCUCGCGAUUACUUUUCAGGGCGGGGGUCUUCAACGAUCACAAAUAUUCACUUUGUUUCUUGGGUGCGUGAAUCUGCUUUCUACUCGAAGGGAAUAUAACAAUUUCCACGACUUCGCACUCCAAAGUCUCGUCACACCUUCUACAAACAAAUCGAGU